AUGAGGAAGGUACUUUCUGUUGAUGGUGCCCAUCUGAAAGCAAAGUAUAAAGGGACUCUACUUGCUGCCACAGCACAAGAUGGUAAUUUUCACUUGUAUCCUAUAGCUUUUGCUAUAGUUGAUUCUGAGAAUGAUGCCUCAUGGAGUUGGUUUAUGAAAUGUUUGAAAACCAUCAUUCCUGAUGAAGAGGAUUUGGUUUUUGUCUCUGAUCGUGCAACCUCUAUUGAAAACGCUCUUUUACAACAUUAUCCGUUUGCUCACCAUGGAAUCUGCGUCUUUCAUUUUGAAAAGAAUGUCCAGGACAAUUUCAAGAGUUCAACACUUGUCCCUUUGGUUGUUGAAGCUGCUUAUGCCUACACCAAGGAUGAUUUUGAUUGCUAUUUUCAUGAGAUUGAGGCAUCCGACAUUGUAUUAGCAGAUUAUCUUCGUAAAGCAGACUUCAGGAAGUGGUCCCAAGCUUAUUCUCCUGCUAAUCGCUUCAACAUCAUGACGUCAAACUUGGUCGAAUCUAUAAAUUCUUUGCUGAAAGUGAGUCGUGAGUAUCCAAUAGUCUGUCUUUUUGACACUAUUAGGAUGAUAAUGACUAGGUGGUUCACUGAACGACGUGAGCAAGGAGUUCGUCACAUGCACCCUGUCACGUUCGAUGUGGGGAACAAGAUGAAAGAGCUAUAUGAUUUUACGUCUCGCUUUCUCGAAGUUUCCAAAAUCAAUGAUUCAGAGUUUGAGGUUAAGGGAGAUACAAGAGAUCAAGUGGUGAAUUUUCAAACAAGGCAUUGUUCAUGCUUUGUGUUUGAUGUUGAGAAGUUUCCUUGUGCUCAUGCAAUUGUCGCUGCAAAGGCUGGAAACAAGCAUGAAAAUGAUUAUGUCGAUGAUUUUUUCUCCAAUGAAAGGUGCGUUCUCUCAGUCAUUGUGGUAAUACAUUACCACGUUUAG